AUGCUUCAUUUACUUCCACUUUCGACACUCUUACUGGCGACGCAGACGAUCGCGUCGCCACUCACACGAACCGAUUCCAAGCCUCUACCACUGCUCAUCUGGCAUGGCUUAGGCGACAACUAUGCCGCAGAUGGCCUGCACAGCGUCGGCGACCUCGCAAACGAGACGAACCCUGGCACAUAUGUGUACUACAUUCGGCUCGAUGAAGAUGCUGGUAGCGAUCGAACAGCGACAUUCUUAGGCAAUGUGACGGAGCAGAUUGCGCAAGUCUGUGACGACAUCGCGGAACACGAAGUUUUGAGCAAAGCGCCAGCUUUAAACGCACUCGGCUUUUCUCAGGGUGGGCAGUUCCUUCGUGGACUGAUAGAGCGCUGCGGAGACCGUAUAAACGUUAAGAAUUUGGUUACAUUUGGCAGUCAACACAACGGUAUCGCCAAGUAUCAGAUCUGCAAAGACGGAGACUGGCUGUGCAAGGGCUAUAUUAGUCUGCUCAAAGCUAAUACCUGGGGCGCGUGGGUACAGGGCCACCUCGUUCCAGCGCAGUACUUCAAAGCCACCAACGAGACAACUGGCGAACCCACAGAAGAGUAUCUCGAAGCUUCCAACUUCCUCGCCGAUAUCAACAACGAGAGGGUGCUGAAGAACGUCACCUACGCGAAGAACCUCGCUGCGUUAGACAACUUUGUUAUGUACGUGUUCGAAGACGACACCACUGUCAUACCGAAGGAGUCGGGUUGGUUCGCGUACACAAAUACCACCAGCAAUGAGGUCACGGACCUUAGGGAUCGCGAUAUCUACAAGGAGGAUUGGAUUGGUCUUAAGAAGCUCGAUAAGAAGGGUGGUCUACACUUCAAGACGACCAAGGGCGGACACAUGAAUCUAGGAGACAAGGUAUUGAAGGAUGUCUUCAGGACUUACUUCUCCUCAGAGAAGACAGUGUGGAGCAGUGUCGUGGACGAGAUCCAAGAGAUAAUUGAGCUGUAG